CAGUAUAGUCGACAACACCGUAUUGGAGACUCGGUUGCCAAGGAAAAAGAAAAAAAAAAAAAAAAAGAUUCCGGCAAAACGUACUUAGUUUCAGGAAAUUAUAAAUACUAUCAUUACCUUUGUGAUGGAUUCGACGAUAGAGGCUGGGGUUGCGGCUAUAGAACCUUACAAACAAUAUGUUCCUGGAUGACUGAAAAUGUUAACAGUGAAGCCAAAGUUCCUUCGAUACGAGAGAUACAAGAUAUAUUAGUCCAACUUGAAGACAAACCACAAAGUUUCUUGGGUUCAAGGCAAUGGAUUGGUAGUUUUGAGGUGUGUCUAGUAAUAGACAAAUUAUAUGACAUUCCAAGCAAAAUAGUGCAUGUUAAUCAUGGAGAUGAACUAAAGACUAUAGUGGACACCCUGGUGUCUCAUUUUGACAAGUUUGGCAGUCCGGUGAUGAUGGGCGGGGAUGUGGAUGCUUCCUCCAAGGGAAUCCUAGGUGUUCAUGUUCGACAGCGAGAUGCUAGUUUAUUGGUAGUGGAUCCUCAUUAUGUUGGUAAGGAGCAAACAAAGGAGUUUCUCUUCCACAAAGGCUGGGUGAAGUGGCAACGACUGACAGAUUUUAUAGACGCCUCAUUUUAUAAUCUGUGUCUACCGCAAGUUAAAGCUAAGUGCAAAUAAACUUACCUUGUUAUCAGACUAUUAUUUGCAUUAAACUAACAAGAACCAUAAUUAUUAUUAUUAAGAUUAUUCUGUGCAAAGAAUAGUGUGUUGACCUUACCAGUACUUGGGUAAUUGGUGAAGGCCACUUGUUCUAUCGACCAGACAACCUUGACCGAAAGGUUACGUCUUCCUUAGACAUGU